UUAGCACUUCGCCCAGCAAGCCUUAUCCCUCCCAACAGAAUCACCUACACAAAUUCCUCUCAUUAUCCUUGUGAAUUUUUUAUAGGUAUUUGCAAAAGUGGUAAGACUCACCGCUGGUAUUUCUGCGUCAUACAAAUACUGACUCAAUCUGAAGCAAAUAUUUCCUUCCCACACAUGGCUUUGUGUAUGCACCUGGAGCGGACGCAUUCACCCGGAGCAGAAACGCAACAGGGCGUUCUCGUUUUUAUUUUUUUUUUCUGCAUUUCUAUAAAUUUGGAAAAUCACGUCCUCAUACUGGUUAGCGAGGAACACUUGCUGCAGCGGCCAUUCUUUCCCCAAGAAGAAGUUGCUGUCUUUGCAUCGAUAAAGAAGAAUGAAAGUCCUCUUCAGCCUGAUGGUCCUCCUCUCAACACUGGCCUUUUGCCAUGGAUACUGCCUUCACUCCAAGCACAAAGCAGAGUUUAAAGAUGGGGAACUGGUGAAGCCCGAUGGGUGUGUCGAUACAUAUACGGGAACAAAGUAUCCUUUUGGUGCAGUCUGGAAUACCUUGGAGUGCAUGCAAUGCGAGUGUACCAAAAAGGAAAUGAGCUGCUGCGUUAGAUAUGGUGGUCUUGUAAGUGCUGAAGGAUGCAUAGCUGUGAUGGAUGAAGGAACAUGUCAGUAUAGGCUCUAUAAGAUUGAUGACCCUUCAAAACCAUGUUUCUAACCUAUGAAAACUCAUUCCAAUCCCUCCAUGGAUGAGAACAUGAAUAAAUCAGUCCCUCAUGCAUCUCUCCAUGUCUCUCAUCUUUUCUUGGCAUCUUUGUUUCCACUGCAAACCCUCCAACAUUUCACAGGGGGCCCAGUCACUUUCCCAUGAACACUUCCAGCAAAUAGAAGUGGAAGGGUGGCCUUGAUGGAAAGCUUUAUACAAAAGUUGAUCCUGCAUAUUUAGUUGUUGUUGUUAUAAAAAACAAAGAAUUCUCAACAAUAAUAGAGAAAAGUCCUGCUCUCCCUGGCAAUUGCCGGUCUCCUCCUGGCCUUGUGUGAAGGCGCCUGCUUCUCUG